UUUAUCCAAGAAACGUAAAGAGAACGUUAAAAAACUGAGACAGCGAGAGAUCGUGUUGUUCCUUCUUCACCUACCAGUCGGAGUCAUUAAUAGAGAAGAAAAGCAACGCCUUCUGGCAUAGACGGGAAUGGCGAGCAACUCAGUCCCAAUGUCAGCUCCGUCGCCUUCGUGGUUCACUCCAAAAAGGCUACUUGUCAUCUUUUGUGUUAUCAGCUUGAUUACUUAUGUGGAUCGAGGUGCAAUAGCAAGCAAUGGUGUUAAUGGGAGUCGAGGAACGUGCACAGAGAGUGGUACAUGCACUUCUGGAAGCGGAAUCCAGGGAGAGUUCAAUUUAAACAAUUUUGAAGAUGGACUUCUAUCAUCUGCUUUCAUGGUUGGACUGCUUGUGGCUUCUCCAGUUUUUGCAUCAUUAGCAAAGUGCAUUAAUCCCUUUAGGCUUAUUGGAAUUGGAUUAUCCGUUUGGACUUUGGCUGUAAUUGGCUGUGCUUGUUCAAUUAAUUUCUGGUCCAUCUCAAUCUGCCGUAUGUUUGUUGGCGUUGGUGAGGCUUCUUUUAUAAGUCUCGCAGCACCAUUUAUUGAUGAUAAUGCCCCUGUUUCUCAGAAAACAGCGUGGCUUGCAAUAUUUUCAAUGUGUAUACCAACUGGAUAUGCUCUUGGCUACAUAUAUGGUGGAUUGGUUGGAAGCCAUUUUAAUUGGCGAUAUGCAUUCUGGGGGGAGGCGAUUUUGAUGCUUCCAUUUGCAAUAUUGGGUUUUGUUAUGAAGCCUUUGCAGUUGAAAGGUUUUGGUCCUGCUGAAUCAAGACAAGCACAAACAUUUCCAGAAACAGGUUCUGGUCCUGCUGAAUCAAGACAAGUACAAACAUUCCCAGAAACAGGGAUCUUAAGAGUUCAAGAUACAGAAGUUUCGAUUGGUAAAAGUAGCACAGCGGCUGUGAAGGAAGACAUCAAUGAUAAAUUUUCAGAUAAAUAUUCCAAGUCAAAUUGCACAUUUAUAGAUUUGAAUAUAAUCUCAAGAUUAGUGGAAGACAUUAAAGUGCUUCUGCUGGAUAAGGUUUAUGUUGUGAAUCUUCUUGGUUAUAUCGCAUAUAACUUUGUUCUUGGUGCAUAUUCAUAUUGGGGACCCAAGGCCGGUUAUGCUAUUUAUAAAAUGAGUGAUGCAGACUUAAUAUUUGGAGGACUUACAGUUGUGUGUGGCAUAGUGGGCACAGUAGCUGGAGGCUGUAUUCUAGAUUUCAUGACGUCUACAAUUUCUAAUGCUUUUAAGCUUCUUUCGGUGGCAACAUUUGUUGGUGGAAUAUUUUGCUUCACUGCCUUCUGUUUUAAGAGCAUGUACUGGUUCCUGGUCCUUUUUGCAAUUGGUGAACUACUUAUCUUUGCCACUGGGGGUCCAGUAAGUUACGUAUGUCUUCACUGUGUUGAACCAAGAAUGAGACCACUAUCCAUGGCUGUCACAACUGUUUCAAUUCACAUCUUUGGUGAUGUGCCUUCCCCGCCACUUGUUGGAGUUUUGGAGGACUACGUUAACAGCUGGAGGGAGACUGCUCUCAUUUUAACAUCUAUUCUGGUUUUAGCAGCCGGAAUUUGGUUCAUAGGAAUAUUUCUGCACAGUGUGGAUAAAUCUUACGAGGACACCGAGCAUCAAGUCAUCGGAAUGGACAGCUCAAUCACAGCACCUUUACUCGGAUGUAACAUAACGGAAGGAACGGCAACUUCCCAGGGACCAUGACUUGUCACCAGAAUGGUUGAAGAAGUCUCGAAUCAAUGGAUGAUCUAAAUUGAGGGAGAAUGCGGUGAAUGGGAGAAUUAAAAGCUUAGAAGAACCAGAACUUGAUUCAACAAGCUCUUCUAUUGAAGAGGGAGGUCGAGCUACAGAUACUGUACACUUGAGAAAAGUCAAGAAUUGGACAAAGCAAUUCAAGAGAAUCAUCUGGUAGAUAGUGAAAUUGAAGCAAGUAUAGUAGCGAAAGCGGUAAAUAGGAAGUAAAGGGUAUUUUAGGUUACUCAUUAAAAUUUAGGUGUAAACUUUGAAAAUAUUGUGUAAAUUUAUAUGGUUGAAGUUAGUGGUGUAAA